AUCCGGAAGCCCACUGUAAAAUAAAUUUAAAAGGCAAAACUAGGGUUUUCUUUUUUAUCUUCCCGCAAAAACUACUUCUUCAGUUCAGAGGAGCGGCUGUCUUGCCACCAUGGUUCUCAAGACUGAACUAUGCCGCUUCAGCGGUGGCAAGAUAUACCCUGGUAAGGGUAUCAGAUUUAUUCGCUCAGAUUCUCAGGUGUUCCUCUUUGCAAACUCCAAAUGCAAGAGGUACUUCCACAACCGUCUCAAGUCAUCCAAGCUUACUUGGACUGCAAUGUACAGAAAGCAGCAUAAGAAGGAUAUUGCAGCAGAAGCAGUUAAGAAGAGGCGCCGCACCACGAAAAAGCCCUACUCAAGGUCCAUUGUUGGUGCUACACUAGAGGUGAUUCAGAAGAGAAGAAGUGAGAAACCUGAAGUCCGAGAUGCUGCGCGGGAAGCUGCUCUGCGUGAAAUUAAAGAGAGGAUUAAGAAAACUAAGGAUGAAAAGAAGGCUAAAAAGGCUGAGAUAAUAUCCAAGCAACAAAAGACUCAAAGUAAGGGUAAUGUGCCCAAGACCGCUGCAACAAAAGCCCCCAAGCUUGGCGGUGGCGGUGGGAAGCGCUGAUUGUUUGGUACUAUAAGAAGUUUUGAGCAAUUUUGUAUUGUUUGAAAUGAAAAUGGUUGCCCUGUAUUAUUUAUUUUUUGAGUCUUGUUACACCAUGUUCAAUGAUUUUGGUUUGAAAUGGAGAAAUGAAAAGGAUUGUGGAUCUUCUUGAGCUUAAA